AUGCCGUCACCUAUUCCUCAGCCCCGGGGGCUUCCAAUCCUCGGAAAUGUCUUUGAUGUGAUCCCUGACAAUACCUGGGCUUCUUUGAAUAAGCUGGCAGCAGAACAUGGCGGUGAUGGUAUCUUCAAACUCAAGAUCCUUACCAAACAGCUCGUCUUCAUUACGAAUGCAGCGCUACUCGAGGAAAUUUGUAAUGAGAAGCGCUUCCGAAAAUGUGUUACCGGUGCUAUUGUUGAGAUCCGCAGUCUUGCCCAUGACAGCCUGUUUACUGCGUUUGAUUACGAGAAAAGCUGGGGAAUCGCACAUCGGAUCAUGGCUUCUUCCGUUCUGCCUAACGCUGUCAAGGAAAUGCAUAGGGAUAUCCAACUGACAACAGACGACUUGAUCUGGAAAUGGACUUCAACCGACACCACCGGGCAGCGCGUGGAUGUCACCAAUGACUUGGAUCGACUGAACCAUGCCGCCAACAUGAAAUGCUUCUUCGGCCAGCAUGUAGACUGUGUCCUUGGUGAAGAGCCGGCUGUUAUCAAAGCUAUGUCAGAUACAACCUUUGAAGCCGUACGUCGGCCCACGCGGCCCAAGUUCAUCAAUCGGCUUUUGUACCAGAGUACAUUUGACAAAGAUAUCAAGACUUGUCGCGACUAUUGCGCUCAGGUAAUUGCCAAGCGACGACGUGAUAAGCCUAUACAGCAGAGGGAUUUGCUGCACGCCCUACUUCACGAAAAGGACCCAAAGACCGGAGAAUCCCUUCUAGAUAGCCGGGUCAUCGACGAGAUGAUCAAUGUUUUCAUCGGCAGUGCCACGGCCCCGAAUCUCAUCGCCUUCACUCUAUAUUAUCUCGCCAAAAGCCCAGCCGACGUCACCCGUGCUCGUCAGGAGAUCGACACCCUCAUCGGUCCCUCCGGCCAAAUUGAACACUUCCAUCUCUCGCAAUUGCCCUACUGCGAAGCCAUCCUCCGCGAAUCGUUACGUCUCUGUGCCACAGCCCCGGGUUUCAACAUUGAGCCUUUGCCCACAGAUGGCCCAGUCCUUCUUGGUGGAGGAAAAUACGAGAUUUCCAAGGACCAGGUCAUGGUCGCGAUCCUGUCCGCUGUCAACCGCGAUCCUGCGGUCUUUGAAGACCCCAAUGCUUUCAAACCCGAGCGCAUGCUUGGCGAGGCCUUUGACCGGCUUCCAUCCGGUGUGAAGAAGGGAUUCGGAAACGGCAAGCGUGAGUGUUACGGUAAGCAAUAUGCUUGGGAAUGGUCCCUGUAUGCACUCAUUCGCAUUCUUAAGGAUGUGGACUUUGAGUUGGCCGAUAAGGACUAUACAUUUGAUAUGGAAGGGAAGAAUUUCAAUGGCGCUUUUAGUGUCAGGCCAUACGGGAUGUUCGCAAGGACUAAGAAGAGAAACGUUGCCGUUUGA